CAGAAAAAGGCUGGGUUGCAAUUACAAGAAGGGCAGUAAAGAGUAAAAGAUCUGAAUACAAUCUUCAAGCGUGAAAAGGCUGGGUUGCGUAACUCAUUUCCCCUAAAUAAGCAAGGUUUUACUCGUUGAACAAAUCUCUUGAUAUAUAAUGUUUUUUAUUAGAUCACCAAUAGCUUUUUUAGCAUGUGCUCAGACACUCUUUUUAUGUCUAGCUGUAUGAAGGUUACAUUAGCCACAAUGAGUGUGCUACAAGAUAUACACAGUUUAAGGAUGAAUGUUAUUGUUAUUGACAUCUCAUUAUGGUCUUUCUUUACGGGAUCAUUACAUCCAUUUCCACAUACAGCCACUUUUAAAUUUCUGGGUCAUUUAGGAUCGGGUACCUUUUGGCUAUCCCAAAGAGUUGGAUUUUUUCAAGAGGCCCUGUUACACGCACGGGCAAUUGUAUUUGAAAUUGUCCUUUUGACGUUGACAAUUAGUGUCCCAAACUUGUUUUCGAGGGGAAAGUUUUUAGUAAAAUUGGUAUUGAUUUCUUUGGUGGUAUUGGGUGUUCAUGUCGGCAAAAGAGUAGACACUUUCAAAAGUUUCAAUAUUUAUUUUGCUUUCUAGAGAAAAGAGUUUGUUUUAUUUUUACAGAGUGUAAGGCAAUUAAG